UGGGGCGCGGGGACGCGGGGACGUGGUUCUAGCCGGGCUCAGGGGGCUGCCUGCACGCGAAGGCGGGAGGCGCGCAGUGGCUGAACUCCGUCCGCCGUCUCUCUCUUCCCUUGGCCGUCGGUGACGGCGCUUCGGUUGGACGUCGGGGCCGACUUGCUCUCACGGCCGAGAAUCCAUCGGGUUAGGGGCCUGUCCGCGCCACCGGACUCACAGCUCUCUUCUCCCUGUGACUUUACUCUCAGGAAAAUGUCUGAAGAAUUUUCAUUGGCAGAUGCUCUACCAGAACAUUCGCCUGCAAAAAAUUCCACUGUGAGCGGUACAAAACCUGGUCAGCCACCACAGGGCUGGCCAGGUUCCAAUCCUUGGAAUAAUCCAAGUGCUCCACCUUCUGUGCCAUCUGGACUUCCACCAAGUGCAUCAUCUUCCAGUGUGCCUUUUGGACCUACACCCACCGGAAUAUAUCCCUCAGUGCCUGCUGGACCACCCCCUGGACCGCCAGCACCCUUUCCUCCCUCUGGACCAUCUUGUCCUCCACCUGGUGGUCCUUAUCCAACUCCAUCUGUGCCAGGUCCUGGCCCUACAGGGCCAUAUCCUACACCAAAUAUGCCUUUUCCAGAGCUUCCAAGACCAUAUGGUACACCCACAGAUCCAGCUACAGCUGGUCCCCUAGGGCCAUGGGGAUCCAUGUCUUCUGGACCAUGGACACCGGGAAUGGGAGGGCAGUAUCCUACACCUAAUAUGCCAUAUCCAUCUGCAGGGCCAUAUCCGACUCCUCCCCAAGCGCCAACGACAGCACCACCUAUUCCAUGGGGAGCUGUCCCACCUGGAGCAUGGGGACCACCAGCGCCAGCUCCAUUCCCUGCACCUAUGGGAUCAUAUCCUGCACCAGGACUCUAUCUUACUCCUAAUAAUCCUUUUCAAGUGCCUUCUGGACCUACUGGUGCUCCACCAAUGCCCGGUGGUCACCAGUCUUACCAUUGAGUUUUUGAUGGACAAUGAGACGACUCUCUACUUUCCAGAGAAUGUUGCUCUUGGGACAUUUCACCAAAAGGGUCUCAGACAUCUCAAAGAAGACUCGGCUCUUGGACCUGGAUAUACACUUGGAAUAAUUAGAGAUAAAAUCGUAAAAUUAUUCAUAUGUAUUUUUCAUUUGUUGUACUAAGGGAAAUCAGAGUAAUUAAGUAUAUUGACUAACUCUUGGUAGAAUUUGUGGAAUAUUCAUUUUUUUAAAUUAUGAAACCACACACUUAAGAAGUCUGUUGAUGUGGAUACUAAUUACCUAUAACUUGUUGGAAAUGAUUUCAAAUAUUUUCUUUGACAUCUUUGUUUCCCUGAAUAAAUAUAUUUCAGACGAAUCAUUUUGCCAUAUGUUUAAAAAAAAAAAAGACCAAAUAAAUACCUCUGAGCAUUUUGAACAGUAUUGUCUACAGAGUAAAUAAACUUUGUGCUCCUGGGUUAUAAUUCUGGAGUAAAUGUUUAAAAAUAUGAGUUAUGAAUUAGUGCUUAUCAAGUCUUUGAGAGUGUAUUUGCUAGUGUGCAUAUCUUGAACACUGAAUAUUAAAUAUUCUUGCUUUCUACCAGCUAUCAUUCUGAGUUAUUUUAGUUUUGAUUUUAGUAAUUUGAGUUGUAAUUUUAAAAUUAGUCAUCCACAGACCUUGCCAGAAACCUUGGUUUAUUCAUGCCAACAUAUCCAGUGACAUAGCCUCUGUGGUGACUCUUGAUUAUGUGAUGAGUUAUUCACAUUAUUGAGGUUGAAGAGCUCAAGAAGGAGGGGACCUUUAUCUCCCCUACCUUGUAUCCCAAAGAAGAGCCCGGGGAAUUGAUUUGCAACAGCAGGUUUUCUCAUUCCUACAGAACUUUCAUGGUCCCUGGGGAUUCCCGUAGUUCCAAAAUGGAACUUCCCUUCGUACCUUCCUUGAUCUGGAGAACUGAUGACGUUCUUGACGUCUUCCCCAAUGAUGUACAGCUAAUUUAUCAUAUUUAUAGAACCUUAUGUAUUGAAGACAUAUCAAUUCUCCCAAAGUCUCAUAAACACAUAUCAGUUGUUUCCUGCCAGGUAUUUUAGUUUGCAUUCUAAAAUACUUGAGGCAAAAGAAUUUGAGUGCCUUCCCUUAAAAGAAUGAUUUCUAAACACUGAUAUCAACCAUACACGUUAUAUGAAGAGUAUAUGAGACAUGGAAGUAAUGUUUCUAUUUGACUUCAACAAAUGUUUAUUCUGUCUGGGAAAAACUGCAGGCUGCUGCUUCAUCUCAACCACAUUGCCAAAUUUGGACUAAACUUUUUUGACAGCUAAAAGUGAACUUCAAUGAGUAUAUUUGUCAGGCCAUUUAAAAAACUUAAUGUUCAUUACUUAGUAAUGAAAAAUGUUGAGCUAUUGAAUAAUUAUUGGAAAAAGACAUCCAUGCUGGGGCACUGAUACCUUUUAAAAUCUAAAUAUUUAAAUUACUCUUAAAAUUUUAAGAAUACCAAAUGCUGCCAAUUUAACAUUAUAACUACCUCUUUGAAUAAAGUAGAUUAAUACCUUUUCAGAGUAGCUUUCAGUGAUCCCUUAUUUUAAAUAAACUGAAGGAAUUUCAAACAUUCUAGGUAAGAAUGAAGUGGGAAAGUAAUUUGGUAUAACAUGAAGCCUGGAACUUUGUGUAUUUUAAGACUGGAGUAUAUCAUGUAUUAGGUUAGAGCCAGUAGCUCUUCUAAAAUGUGGUAGAAUUAUAUUUUUCACACCUUUGCAGUCCAAAGUGAUAAGAGAAUUUGGGGAGCCUUUUGGCAGUAGCAGUUGGAGAAUCUAACCUAUCUCUAAUGUUCUAGGUAAAAAAGAAUAAGAGAUAGCUUACUUCCUUCAGUCCUUCAGUUUACUGGAAUUCUUUAUUGAAAUACCAACACCUCUGUAGGUAGUCUCUGCUUAACUAACAACUGAAGUAUUAGCUGAUAACAGUUUAAGGGAGAAUAAGAAAAAGGAUCUUGUAGUGGAGGGUAGAACUAGGUAAGAUGGGAUAUAGGGGCAUGAGAAAAGGGGCUAACUAAAGUGGGAGGGCCUCAAAGAUGAUUUGCCUUUCUCAUUUUGCCUAAGGCUGGCUACUGCUAAAAAUCCUUUGGGUUUGUCCUUUUAUAUUUUUCUACACACACACACACACACAUGCACACUCUUCCUUAGAUUAGCUACUGGCCUACUAGAUAAGUAUGUAAAAAUCCAGUUGAAGGAAGAAGUGAGGAAAGUUUGGGUAUCUGCUAGUAUAGAGUUGGAAGAUCCCAAAAUAUAGAACAAAUUAUUGAUGCCUCCAGAUUUUAUUAGCUUGAAACUUUUAGGUAGCUAAGACUCCCAACUCCAUUUUACACUGUGUACCAUAGUGCUCAGCAUGAUCACAGUAGUUCCCCUUCCUCACCAACACUUUUCAACUUGGCCUAUCCUUUUUGUAUGUGACAAUAGAGCUCUGCUUUUAUCAUGCAAAUCCAUGGAUAGAAUGGAAUUUGCUUUGCGGUAAACUUUGCUGGCUGUGAGGAAUGUCUGUAAUCAUGUUGAUGCACUUUCUCUGAAAGUAUUUUCCAAAAUGGAAGCUCAGAACUUAGGGGAAAGCAGAGGCCAACAAAUGUUUUUAGAGAAAGAAUGAAAUUGAGGAAUAAGGGAGAUUUUGGAACAGGAAGGAAAUUGGAAAAAUGAAUUUAUUCUCAGAACAAUUUUUAGGCAGUAAGUUUAGGGUAUAAAUAGGGCAUGUUGAACUAAUGAGAAUUGGUGUAGAUGAGACUUGUGAUUAGAAUAUCAAGAGAAGCUGUUUAGAGCUUGGGAAAUUGAACUGGAUUGGCCUCAAUUUGGUCUCAGUUUUUAAAAAGCAUGAAUGCUGGGUCAUUCCAUAGUUGAUAGAGACAAUUAUGAUGUUUAAGUGUAUGAUUUCUGGAAUGGAAUUCUGAAUUUGGGAACAAAUGUACGAACGAUUAUUGAGUUUGGAAAUGAUCAGAUAAUAUCACCCCCAAAACGUGAAAUUAUAGGAAAUGAUUUUUUAAAGUUUUUAAAAAAAAUUUGUUACUGCAUUUCUCCUUAGACCUGCCUAUGUAAACCUCAACUGUAAAAGGGACUAUAGUAUAUUAAAGGUGUUUUUGGAAAGGACAGUCUUCCCUAGAUAGGAGUCAAUCUAGCAUCCUUUAAUAUUUGUGAAGGAAGUAUGUUCAGCUACCCUGUCCUAUUUUGUGAGGAGUCAUUUGUUGAUUAUUGGGCAUUCAUAGAAGAGAUUGGAAUUAGCUAUCCCUAUUGGAGAACAGACAAGGUGAAGUAGGUAUGAAUUUUGUGUUAUUUCUACUCUUCGAGCCUGGUUUUUUGAAAUAAAAAUUUUUUGCCUGUCAUUUUACCUUGCCAAUAAAAUACUCAAUUGGAAAAAUAUGCAAAUGGAUAUAGUAACUCAUGGCUUAAAUUUAAAACACAUUCAGUACUGUGGUGCUUAACUUGCAUAACUCUCAGUUCCCUAUGCUUCAUGAUAAUCCACGCCAAUGUUUCCUUUCUUCACCCUGAAUAAUAGAAUUGGAUUUAAUUUCACAGUUUAAAAGUAAACACUGUAGUGAUUAAUCACUGAAGAAUUAAACAUAUUUUAAAAGCAUCAACUUAAAAUCAGGUGAGUAUAUUUGCAUGACUUAUCUUUUCAAAUAAUAUACUAUGGUUUAGUUUCAUGGAACAAUGUAUGAAUAAUUAUAACUAGAUUAUAAUGUAAUCUUAAGAAAAUAUUUGGAAUUGAAGACAAACACUAUCUUAUCUGUAUAAUUUCAGCCAAAUAUAAGAUUGCUAAUGGAGUAUUUGAUGCUGUAGUUAUCUUGAAAGUAGACUGUGAAAUUAAAACUCUUCUAAUUAAAGUUAAUGUUGAUGUAAGGGAAAAUUUCCUAAUAAUUAAAAAUGUCCAAAAAUGGAAUGGGCUGUCUUGCAGGGUAGUGAGUUCUCCAUCACUGGAAGUCUUCAAAUAGAGAUUAGAUGACCAUAUCUCAGGAUGCUUACUUAUCAGGGAUGUUGGAGAGGGAAUUCCUAUUCAGGUAUGGGUUAGACUAGUUGACUUUUGAAGUCCCUUCCAACUCUGAGGCUUUUUAAGGUCUAAGAAAGUUUUCUUCCCUUCAUCAUUCCCUUGGUUGCUAAUGACAAGGAUGACACUGUUUAAUAUAUGCUAGUUUGUCGUUAUGUAAACACAAGAGUGUAUGCCCUAUAAAAUCUGUAUUUUUCUUGUAUUGUGAUUUUUGUAUUUUUUUUUACAUCAGAUUUACUGUUCAGUUGUGUAUACAUUUUAGGUUAAACUGCCUGAGAUGUGAUUUGAGACAUACUGCAUUUGUUUGUAUUUGAAAUGUAAGCAAUCACAGCUUGAAAUGAUAGAUGUUAUCACCUGCUGCUGUAUUGUGUAUAAGCAAAGGCAAAUGUUGCUCUAAAGUAAGAAGUAAUUAUAACUAGAAAUAGGCUGUAGAUGUGAUACUUCAUACUUUGAAAUAGACUUGUUUUGCUUUUGUAUAUUCCUGAAAAUUAAAAAAUGUAUUUUCAUGA